UUUCUAUUCAAUUCUCAUUUAAACACAACAAUUGUUGAUCAAUAAUCAAGCAAACAAACAAACAAUAAGCAAAACACAUGGACUAUCAUCUAUUUCCCAUUGAAGACCUAUCGGUUAGUCGACCCAAUCAUUACUAUAGGGACAGUACGGUUGUCUAUCCUGACUAUGCCGACGGCUGGUAUAUACGUAAGGCUAAGAUUGCCCGCAAUAAUAAUGCCCGCAAUAUACUGUUGGACCUGAAGAUGAGGACAGUCGAGUUGGACGGCCGUCGGGACUGUGAACGUAGUCUAUACUUACCGUUGAAAACCGGUUACAAAACUGAUAUGGUUUUUGAGGGUCCGGUCGAGUAUAAGACACAUAAACCCAAACACCAGCACUUGUAUCGAAAGUAUAGAUAAAU